ACUACAUGGUCUAUUUAAGAACUCCUACAUCAUCCUGUUCAAUCCAAUUUUAUUAGAAAGCAUCAAGAUAUAUUUUGAAUCAAUCCAGGUUUUAACUGCUUUUCCCCAAGUUUCCCACCCCUCUGUCAAAGUUGGUCAAACAAAAUCAGUUUUAGAUUUGGAUAGGCUCUUUGUUAGUUGGGCCGGACUCGACCCGUCCAAGGUCCAAUCAUUCGGAUCGGUUGUCUGGACAGAGAAGAAGAAGGUGUUUAUUAUCCUAUCCUCAAAAACUCACCUGUGUGUUCUUUCUUACUACACAAAAGGAUUUGAAGCACGCCCUUUGGAAUGGCAGCUCUGCAGAGCUCCUUUGCUGGUCUCUCCACCUCUUUCUUCGGCCAACGCUUCUCUCCUCCUCUCUCCCUUCCUCCUCUGGUCAAAUCAACAGAAGGUCCAUGUCUGAUUCAAGCAAAGCUUAAGCGAUGGGAGCGGAAAGAGUGUAAGCCAAACAGCCUUCCAGUACUACACAAAAUGCAUGUUAAGUUGGGAGAUACAGUAAAGGUAAUAUCCGGUCAUGAUAAAGGUAAGGUUGGGGAGAUCACCGAGAUCAUCAAGCACAACAGCAAAGUAGUAGUAAAAGACGUGAACUUGAAAACCAAGCAUGUGAAGAGUAGGAGUGAGGAUGAACCAGGCCAGAUAGUCAAGAUUGAAGCUCCUAUUCAUAGCUCAAACGUGAUGCUUUACUCGAAAGAGCAGAAGGUUGCCAGUCGGGUGGGUCAUAAAACACUAGACAAUGGAAAAAGGGUCCGCUACCUCAUAAAAACUGGGGAAAUCAUCGAUAGUGCAGAAAACUGGAAGAAAGCAGUCAAAGAGAAGGAGAAAACAACAGAAGCAGUAGCUGCUGCUUCCUAGGAGACUGGCCUGUAAAUUCUAGUUGAUUUUGCUAAUUGUGAACCUUCUUUCAUUGUUAUAGUAUUAUUCUGUUAUCACCUUAACCUUCUUAAAAUCAGUAACAGAAGAAUUUAUAUUAAUGAGCAGAAACCAGCAUUAAGAUAUUGGUGGGAGAUUACAAAAUUUGUGCCAGAUGAGCUGUAGUGACGUCAAUUAGAGUAUGUAUUUCUUAAACAUUCUUGA